CUUGAUUAUAAAGGUAAUGAAAUCAUCAUAGAUACAAACAACAUUAAAGACAGCAUUUUGCUAAAACUACAAGUCAUAACGACAUAUUUAAGUUUUUUUGUAUUUGGCUUAUCUGACGAAACUAUCGGUGUAUUGAUUCCUGUUUUUGUCAAAGAAUAUCACUCAAAAGAAUCAACCAUUUCAUUACUAUAUUUUGCUCAAUUUUUUGGUUAUUUUAUUAUCUCUCUAUUCAAUGACCAAUGCCAUAAAAUUAUUGGUUUUCAUGGCGUUGCUACGUUAUCAGUCUUGUUUAUGGGCUUAUGCAGUUUUAUUGCAAUGUUCCAACCUCCUUUUUUUAUUUUAAUUUUGGCUUAUGUCCUUUGUGGAGUAGGUGCUGGUGCUCAAGAUGCUGCUGUCAGUGUCUGGCUAGGCAAACUAGACUAUUCUAAUGAAUUGUCAAAUCUAUUACACGCUUCCUAUGGUGUGGGCUGUAUCUGCUCGCCCUUAAUUGUAACUAGAUUAUUAUUGGCACAUAACAUCUCUUGGAAAUUUCAUUAUGGUUUGAUAUUCGUUUUAACUAUUGUAUUGACUCUAUUAAAUUUUUUGGUCUUUCGUCAUGAAACUAAAUGGAAAUAUGAAUGGCAGCUACAGAAUGAAUCGUCAUUAAACUUGGAUGAGCCUAGAAGUAAUGACAACUCACUUCAGCCUGAAGAUACUAGCAGUGAUAUAAGAAAUGCAAUUAGAAAUUCAAAGGUUUUAGCUUUAGCUGCAUUUUUAUUCUUAAAUGUUGGCACUGAAGUGGUUAUUGGUGGAUGGACUUUAAGUUAUCUAAUCAAAGUUAAAAAUGGUUCAAUGAAUGAAAUGUCUGUUGUUGUUUCAACAUUUUGGUUUGGUUUAACCAUUGGUAGAGUAAUUCUAGGUUUUAUCACUCCCAGAUUAUCUUCGGAAUAUUUUGCAAAUCACAUUUAUAAUAUUUUGUCAAUAUUUUUUUUUGCUUUAUUCUAUUUGUCCUCCAGCUAUUGGUUUUAUAUCGCAACUAUUUUCUCAACUGGCAUCUUCAUUGGUCCAAUAUUUCCAACAACUUCAGUUUAUGCCAUUAAGGUCUUACCUGUUCAUUUGCAUGUGUCUGGAGUAGGUUUUGCAAUGGCUUUGGGUGGUGGAGGGGCUGCUAUUCUUCCAUGGUUUGUAGGAAUCUGUUGUGAA